AUGCCUGUCAAGCUUUCUGUUCAGUCAUAUAUUAAUGAAUGUGAUGAUGAUCCAUGUGCUCUACAUGCUCUCUGCAAGAAUAUUCUUGUUUCUUACAGCUGUAAAUGUGCAAGUGGAUAUGUUGGUGAUGGAAAGUUGAGGGGAAAUGGUUGCACAAUGCUGCCAUUGUCCAACGCCAUCAAGAUUGUCUUAAUAGGUAAAAAACUUAAAGAAGAUCUCUUCAGACACCUUCUUCUCCAACAUCAACAAACAGGUGAGAGAAACUUUGGCAAAACCAAACUUUUCACUGCAAGCGAAUUGGAGAAAGCCACCGAUCACUUCAACAAGAGCCGCAUCUGUGGACGAGGAGGCCAAGGCAUCGUAUACAAAGGCAUGUUAUCCGAUGGCAAAAUCGUGGCGAUCAAGAAGCUAAACAAAGUUGAUCAGGACCAACUUGAGCAGUUCAUCAAUGAGGUCGUGAUAGUGUCGCAGAUCAAUCACAAGAACGUGGUCAAACUGUUAGGGUGUUGUCUCGCGACUCAGGACCCUCUUCUUGUGUACGAGUUCUUACCGAAUGGGACGCUUUUCGAUUUCAUUCAUGAUCCCAAGCCCGAAUUUCCGCUAACAUGGAACAUGCGGUUAAAAAUUGCCAGGGCACUGGCGUACUUACACUUUGCAUCCUCUGUACCUAUCUAUCACAGAGACAUCAAGUCAACUAAUAUUCUUCUUGAUGAAAAGUAUGUUGUCAAAGUGUCGGAUUUUGGAAUUUCCAAACUUGUUGAAGUGGACCAAACUCAUCUAACUACACUGGUGAAAGGGACGUUUGGUUAUUUAGAUCCAGAGUAUUACCAAACAAGUCAGUACACUGAAAAGAGCGAUGUUUACAGCUUUGGAGUAGUUCUUCCUAAACUCCUGACAGGGCAACGACCGAUAUCAAUGGAGAGAUCAGAGGUGGAAAGAAACUUGGCUUCUCAUUUUCUUGCAUAUAUAGGAGCAGACAACCUUGACGCCAUUUUAGACACCCAUGUUUCGGAGGAAGGUGGAAAAGAAGAGGUCAUAGCAGUUGCAAGGCUUGCACAAAGAUGCUUGAAUGUUAGGGGGCAAAUGUGA